AUGGAUCAAUCACAGUUGUAAAUUUAUUUCAAAGUCAUAAAAUUAGUCUGGUUCAUAAGAAAAUUCAAGCAAUAUAAAGCAGAAUUUGAAAGGGAAAACUUCCCUUACUUUGAUCCUAAUGAAGUGAACUUCCCUUGCAUGUAUGCUGGUACAUUCAAUGUGUCUCUUUCAGAUGCAUUCGAUCAUAAUCUAUUUUAUUGGUUCUUCAAGAAUACUAAUCUUGAUACUGCUCCACUAGUUGUUUGGAUGAAUGGCGGUCCUGGAUCCUCCGGAUUAUUCGGGCUCUUCAUCGAGAACGGUCCAAUCAAGGUAAAAAGAACUGGCACUACUGAUGAUGAUUUCUUAGUUUAUCUGAGUCCUUAAGGUUCAUGGAAUGAUAUUGCCGAUGUAGUAUAUCUAGAUCAGCCAGUUGGAACAGGCUUCUCAUACGGCAGGACUUACAUUGAUAGAAUGGAGACAGGUGCUGACCAUUUCGUUUCAUUCCUGACACAAUUUCUCCAAAUGUAUCCUGAAUAUCAAACCAGAGAAGUUUAUAUUGCUGGGGAAUCAUAUGGAGGGAAAUACUUACCUCACUUUACCUAUAAAGUAGAAAGAUUCAAUGAUUAAAAUUCUUAAUUGCCAAAAGAUAAAUAAAAACCUAAAAUCAAUUUGCAAGGAACAUUCAUUGGAGAUCCUUUCGUUUCACCAAUCAGACAAAGAUUAAGCACUUACCUUGUGGCCAGAGGAUUAAAUAUUGUUGACAAUUCAAACAUGGCUCAAAUUGCUGCCCUUAGAAAAUAAUGCGAAGAGACUUCCUCAAAUGAUUGGGAUAAGAGCUCCGAUGUUUGUGAACUAGCAAUGGACUAUAUUGAUAGUUUAGCUGGUGGUGUAUCAACCUAUGAUGCCUCUCAGUUUGAUUAUGACUGGUCAAUCCUUGAACAGCCUGUAUUUGACUUCUUAGGUAACUCAAAGCAAAAGGGUAAACUCUACACAGCACUUCAUAUUGAUAAGAGUUAUAAGUCUCCAAUUUAUGAGUCAUCUUCUUAAAACGUUUAUGAAGCCUAUGCUUAUGAGGAGAUGAUUGACUGGACAAGCUUUUACGAUAGAGCCUUAUAACGAAAAAUGAGACUCAUUAUUUAUGCUGGUGAAUAUGACUAGAGAGAUGGACCAUUAACUCAAAUGUAAUGGAUGAAAGAUCUUAGUAGAUUAGAUUUAACUGGAGGAGUAUUUUUUAAUUAAGCAAGAAAAAUCUACUACAUAAAAGAUAAAAAUAAUGAUUUCUAAGUAGGAGGUUAUUAUAGAAGUGAUCCAGUUGUAGGGUUUACAUUCUUAACAAUCCCAAAAGCUGGCCACUUUGUACCUGCUACCUAACUAGAUGUAACAAAGCAAAUGCUUCAAGAUUUCUUCUAAAACAAAGCACUUGUUUGUCACAAAGAUAAACCAACUGAUUGUGACACAGCACCGAUAAUGUGCGAAGCCAUGAAUUAAUGUAAUGGAAAUGGCCAAUGUUCAGCUAUUGACGGUAAAUGUCAAUGCAACUAAGGAUUCAAGGGUGCUGAUUGCUAAGUUUAGGCUGAAAUGAUGAAAGAUGGGUACCAAAAAAGGUUUUAAUUCAACGGUACUUAAUGGGCCUACUUUGUAUUCGACUCUAACCUCUAAGAAAAUUAACACUAUGAACUCAAUUUCAUUGCCUAAAACAUGAUGGAUAUCUAUGUAUCAGCUGGAGCUAACUCUGAACCCACUUAAUUCAAGAAUGAUAUGCAGUUCAAUAAGCUAAGUUAGUUUGCUCUUGAUUCAAUGAGCUUCCCAUAAAUUUAAAAAUUUACAGUUGCAGUAAGAGUGAACGGAAUCGACUUUGCGACAAAUACAUAUCAACAACAUUCAAUGUGGGUCAGUUUCAAUGUCAAGACAAUGGCUACUUAUAUUUAUAGCGAAAAGAUGGCACUUACUGAAUCUAAUUCAGAUGUUCAGAUAGAAGAUGAGCUAGUUUUUGAUUAAAAUCCUCAAUUUGAAAAUCACUAAGAAAUGAAUUCUGAGUAAAAUUCAACUACUUCUCAUUAAACAACUUAUUUCGGUAUUGAACUUCCAAAGAUUGAUAUGAAAUAUAUCUUGGCAUUGAUUGUAGUGGUUGCUGUUGUUUAUUUCAAGAGACAGUUAAAAACUCAAUCUCCUAACUCAGGUAUUGCUAGUGUUGUUUCCAACUCUAAACAAAUGAACAGUGGAAUCUCUAAUGAUUCGCUUUUGCCAAUAUCAGUAGAUCUCAAAUAAUCUACACCUCUUUAAUGA